AUGGGUGUAAGUAUAUCCAGGAAAAAAUUCAAAACUCGUUCGGGUGACACAGUACGUCUGGUCGAUCUUUUGGACGAAGGGCUUGAACGUUCAAAAGCGCGUCUUUUGGAGAAGGGCAGAGAUAAGGAACUCACAGAGGAGGAAUUCAAAGCUGCCCAAGAAGCCGUGGCCUAUGGUUGUAUCAAAUAUGCUGAUCUGUCGCACACAAGAACCAAUGACUAUAUAUUCUCCUUUGAUAAGAUGCUUGAUGAUAAAGGCAACACCGCCGUCUAUCUUCUGUACGCGUACACCCGAAUAAGGUCAAUCGCGAGGAACGCUGGAUACUCAAGUGAUCAGUUGGCGGAACUUAUGAAAACUGAACCCCUCAACUUGGAUCAUCCUAGCGAAUGGAACUUGGCCCGGGCACUUUGUCGACUUCCAGACAUUUUACUCCGCAUUCAAAACGACUUUCUUUUGCACAACUUGUGCGAUUAUCUUUAUGAGUUGAGCUGUUUAUUCACCAGCUUCUACGACGCAUGCUACUGUAUCGAACGUGAUCGAAAAACUGGUGCUCUCAUCCGCAUUCACCCGAGCCGCCUCAUGCUUUGCGAGACAACCGCCAAAGUGAUGAAAUGUGGUUUCGAUAUUCUGGGUUUAAAUACCGUCGAUCGCAUGUGACACUUUGUAUUUUCUACUCUGUUUGUAUUAUACAUAUCACUCGUACUGAGUUCUGUUUGUCCAGUGAACUCCUUCGGAUUGGUAAACUGCGGUCGUGUACAUAUUCACUGUUACUUUUUCCUUUAAAAGUAGUACGGUUUAGGUUAGAAUUGUGAGUCAGCGCUCUUCACGUUUUCAAUUGGCAUACAUGUAGUGGAUCUAUGUCGGAUCCAUUCCUUGUGUCUUGCUGCAGUUUCACCG